AAUAAAUAAAUAAAAAUAAAACAUCACGCAUACAUAAAUAAAUGUCAAAUCGUUAUUCAAGUCCUUAUACAGAAAGAUUUAACAAAAUAAGUUAAAAAUUAUCUUAAAUUCCUUUAAACCAAGAGAAUUCCCGUGCAAACCGUAUAGACUAAUUUUAGCAAAAAGUAUACUUCCUAGAUGAAAGAUUUAAUAAUACAAUAGAAACAUAUAAUAAGAAGAUAUCUAAUUUAAAAGAAGAAAUAUUCCGUCUUCAAAAAGUUGUAGAAGAUAAUUCGAAAUCUUAUGAAUUUUAAUUAGAAUCUAGAAAUAAAGAAAUAAAUAAUUUAGAUUUAAAGUUAUCAUAAAAAUUAGAAUACGAAAUAUUAUCCAGAAGAGAAAGUGAAAGUAAACAAAUUCGUUAUUUAGAAGAAAAAGUUAAUUUCUUAAGAGCAGAUAUUUCUACUGAAACACGUAUUAGAACUGAACUUUUAAAUUAAUUAAAUUCUACAUUGGAAAGUGAUUUACCCAAAUUAUAUGAAAUAGUCAAAUCUGAAGGGGCAGAAAGGGAAGAAUGCGAUAAUUUGACACUGAAAAAAACUGCAGAAGAAAUAAAAAAAUUAAAUGAUAUUAUAUCAAUUUAAAAAAGAAACAGAGAAGAUAGUGAAGCUUCAAUCUUCGAAAUGUUAAAAGAUCUUGUUAAUAGAGUUAAGCAGGAAAUUGAUUAAGAAAAAAAUGAAAGAGAAUAAUCAUAAGAUGUUCUUGUUAAGUUAUUGGAAGAUGCUGCAAAUAAAUUAUGUGCUACUGCAUAAGUUUGA